CAUCCACUAGCAUCUGCCAGGUAGUUGCAAGCCGCAGUGCGAUCAGGAACCAUGUUCGGACGGUUCCGACAAGUCGAAGCCUCGCCGACACCCCCGCUCGAGUCAGAGUCACGCCGUCGCGAUCCCGCUGCCACCACGCGCAGAGACCGGCCCAGGUAGCGACAGCCAAGUCCGACAAUGGCUGCUGAUCCUCGGCCCAACGGCCGCGAAGAUUUCGAGAUCGCCAUAAUCUGCGCCCUGUCCUUAGAGGCGAGCGCCGUCAACUACCUCUUCGAUGAGUUUUGGGAUCUUGGCGGCGACACCUUUCAGAAGGCGCCUCGCGACGAGAACCACUACACCACCGGCCGCAUCGGAAAGUUCAAUGUUGUGCUGGUCCAGCUCCCAGGCAUGGGAAAGGCGAAUGCUGCCACGGCCGCCACCUUUUUGCUCUCGAGCUACAUCAACGUCCGGCUGGCUCUUGUUGUCGGUGUAUGCGGCGGUGUGCCCGCACUCGGCAAGGAUGACGACGAGAUGUUGUUGGGUGAUGUCGUCAUCAGCAAUGCCGUCGUACAAUACGACUUUGGGCGGCACUACUCGCACCGCUUCUUGCCCAAGAACUCGAUAGAAGACCGUCUCAACAAGGCAAAUAAAGACGUUUGCGCUUUGCUGCGCUAUCUCAACACUGACCACGGGGGGGAUCAGAUCCAAGAGAAAACUGCGCGCUUCCUUCGAGAGCUCCAGAGCGCACAUACCAGCCGGCUCGCCGGACGUUGGGCGAAGCAGCGGGCCAAAUACCAGUUCCCAGGCACCGCGCAGGACAGGCUCUUCAAGACCGACUAUCGUCACCGCCACUACAGCGAGCCGGGCGAUGAGCCAUGUGGCUGCAACGACCAAUUUGCAUGCCGCCAGGCCGUCACGUCGUUUUGCGAAGACAUUGGAUGCGACGAGGCCUGCCUGGUCGCACCCAGAGACCGGCUUGAGUUCCGGCGGGAGCAGGAGCGCAAGGACUCGGCCGAAGCCCAGGACCCCUGUGUGUAUAUCGGGGCAUUUGCGUCGGGCGACUCGGUCAUGAAGUCUGCCGACGAAAGGGAUCGGGUUGCUAAAGAACAGAAGGUCAUCGCCUUCGAGAUGGAAGGUGCAGGUGUGUGGGAUGUCAUGCCUUGCAUCAUCAUCAAGGGAAUCUGCGACUAUUCCGAUAGCCACAAGAGCAAGAAGUGGCAGAACUUUGCUGCUGCUGCUGCUGCGGCUGCCACAAAAGCCCUGCUGGAGAUCCUAGUCCGCAGGGACAGGUUGUUUCGUGUCGACACCACGCCGUGGAAUUCCCUCGAUCGCAUCAACUCGCCGCCGCCAAACCACAUUGUUUCCCGCGUUGGCACAGGUUUCCAAGGCUCGGUGCCGUCACAAACGGGAAGUGAUUCGGCCCUUGUCGGCACGUUAUCCGAGACCCAAAGCCAGGGCCACGAGCAACCCGAUAUUCCAAUUCUACGAUCACCCAGUCAGCCAGGCGUUUUAGGCGACCAGCUUGACACGGUUCCAAGUCCUCCACAAGCGAUAAGGAGAACACCUGAAAGCAGUCAACAAGAACCGUCAACACUUGAAGAAGCUCUCAAGAGGCUGAGAUUGAACGAAACAAAGAAUUCCAACUUGAUCAACGAGCUUAGCAAUUUAAGUGAGAAGACAGAAGAUCUUGAGGCCAGGGCCGAGACCUGGUCGGAGAAAUCUAAAAAUCUUCUUGCCGAGAUCGACAUCCUCAAGUCCCGAUGUAAUUCUUUUUCUGCCGCCAAUCAGGUGUUUGCAGUCGAGCUCAAGGCCUUGAACAGUGCCAACAGGAACCUGAGCUCUGACAAUGAACUACUUGAGAAGAAAGUCAAAGACCUAUCAAACCAAGCGGACAAACAUUCACACACAAGAAGCGUCGUAACAAGGAAGCUUUCUGAGGCUGAAAAGGAGAUGGAAGGGCAAAGUCAACGGAUCGUGGAGAUGAGGGAAACCAUGGAGGAAUGGAAAAGAAAGGCAACCGAUCAGCAGGUGACCAGAGAAAUACUACAAGAGAACAGUACUGUCAUGGAUGGUUUGUUACAAGAGAAGGAUGCAAUCGCAGCCGACAAUCAUGCUCUAAGAGCUGACAACAAAAUCCUGGAAGCUCGGGCGCGCGGUUUGGAGACUCACAUCGACACCUUGAUGUCUGAUAGGGUCCGGGCACUGAAAAGACUUCAUGAUUUUGGAACCAGGAUCAACGGCUUCGAACAUAAAGUGGCUGACUGGAUCAGAACCCAUGGCGACAAUGCGGACCCAACAGACUUCAUGUUCAUGCACUUUGAACAGUUCUUUGAGACGGCACGGAUCAAUUUUAUGGCGGCAGAACACUCGUUGGCGAAAUUCAGAGAGCAAGAGAGCAAUAUCGAGUACCUCGUGGGCCAACUGGAUACUGCGGACAAAGUCAUUCUGUCGACUGUGGCAAAAACGGACCCACAAGCCGGCCCCAAUACCCUUCAGAGCCUGGACCUGGGGGCAUUGGCUCGUGAAAUGGAGGGGAUGAGACGGCAACGAAAGAUUCUGGAAGAGGGUGUUUCCAAAUUAUCGAAGAAGUGGAACUUGAAGGAGACCUCCGUUCGCAACCCAGACCCCGUCGACAGCAUUUUGGAAUUGGCUGAAAAGUUCGCUGCGAACAGCGAGAAGAAUUUUGAAGUGGCCGGCAAGUGGAAUCAAGCCUACAAUACCAUCGUUUCACAACUGGACGAGGCAAGGGGAAAGCUGGCCCAGCUGGAUGGAGCGUCGGGGUCGCAGUCAAAACAACAACAAAAGAAAGGCCCCGGCAAGGGACCGGAUGUGCGAGGGAGAAAGGGGACUUGAGCCGCAGGCGGUGUCCACUGUCCACCCACUGACAUCUCCGCAUGUCGAGAAGGCAUAGUCAGACGUUGCAAGAGAUACCUCUCUAGUUGACCCUGUUGGCAAAGUGGAGCGGAUAUAAUGGCCAAUACCCCUCAGCUACUACAGAGCGGCCGGAGAUGAUGAUACUAUAUAAGAUGGUUGAACGAGAUAUGACUGGUUUGGAUAUAUAUGGUUUGGGUAAUAUAGCUCAGUAGGUAGGGCAUGAUAUGAAGUUACGUAUUCAAGA